AUGGUCAACUCCCCCCUCUUCCCAGUAUUCCUCCAAGCCUUCUUCAAUGUGACAUCCAACAAGCUCCCUUCCGCACCGUCAUCAUCAGCCGUGAACAUCAACGAAAGCGUUCGUAACAAUGUAGACACCACCCAUGGCCUCGUUCCUACGACUUCUGACCCAUCCUCGUCUUCCUCUUUCUCAAGGAGCAAAAUCCAACACAUGUCAAUCAAAGCAGUAUCCCCGGAGCAAUGGAGCACAUUUAAUGCUACCGUCAGUGGACGAUUACGUGCAGACGGUGCACCCUUUGCUAGCGCCUGCUUUUCCCAACACGACUUUUCGACCAACGACACUAUUUCGCCAGUGUGCUCAGAUGCUCAAGCUGGAUACCUCAGCGAAAAGUACCGCCUACCAUACAUGGGCUCUUAUAUGAACCCCCAAUGGGAGACAUGUCAAGCAACUGGCCAAGGUUGUACGCUCGACUGGCAGAACCCAGCUAAUCCAGCUGCCUUUGGCGAUCAGGCAGUCUGCCAUCAAGGGAGCGUCUCAAAAUAUUACGUUGACAUUCAAACUGCCGAAGAUGUUACUGCAGCUUUCGCGUUUGCCAAAUCCACGGGCGUUCGAAUAGCCAUCAAAAACACCGGUCAUGACUACAUCGGUCGAUCAAGUGCGCCGGAUUCUUUGACGCUCUCGAUCUCGUACGACCCAGCCUUUCGAGCCGACUCGUGUUCUGAAUCCGAUCCUGUGCCGGCGAUGAUCAUUGGCGUGAGCAUCUUCCCAGCUACAGCUGGAACCGUAUUUGGACAAGCAUAUGAUUUCGCAGAGGCGCACAACCUCACUUUUGUUGGUGGAACGGACCGCACUGUCGCACCUGCCGGGGGUUGGGUCCAAGGCGGCGGACACUCUCUUCUUUCAAACACGCUCGGCCUCGGCGUGGACCGUGUCUUGCAAUUCAAAGUCGUCGUGCCCUCGACGGGCGAGUACCUCGUCGCCAACCCGUGUCAGAACGCCGACUUGUUCUUUGCGCUGCGUGGCGGUGGCGGCGGGACAUUUGGGGUCGUUUUGGAGGCCACAUUUAGAGUAGAGGCGAAUCCUGUGAAGCUGAUUGCGGCAAAGAUCACGUUUCCUCCGUCUGCAGACAACUGGCAAAAAGUGGUUGAAAUCGGAGUACAAAAUGCGAUCAAGUGGUCGAAAGAAGCUUGGUCUGGAAUAGUUGGGACCAGCUUGGUGACGUUUAUCAACCCUCGCCUUUCCCUCGACGAAGCCUCCGUUUCCUUCAAGCCAUACAGUGACUUCGCCAAGAGCGUCAAUGGGACCUUUGUGCUUGAAGAAGCGCCUUCUUGGUUGAGCUUUUAUGAUAAAUUUGUUGGAACGAAUCCGGUUGGCCUCCCCGGUGCCCCUGCUUCACGUCUCAUACCAAAAUCACACUUCACGACACCUAAAAAGCGCGAAGAGCUUCAGAAUGCGAUUCUUCGCGGUACUACUACGGCCCAGUUCAAACAGCUGCUCAUAAGUUGUCCGGUCAACUAUACCCCUCAGUCACCACCUUCUCCCGUCUCCUCUUCCCCAGUUUCUCAUGGAGAGUCGGGUAAUUUUGGAACCAGUGUGACAGAGGCAUGGCGGGACUGUCUCUGGAGCGUUGUGACGGGUAAUUUCUGGAACUAUCAGACGAGUGUCGAGGGCGUCAAAGCCGCCUAUCGAGCCAGCACACAGGCGAUUCUUCCUCUAGUGGAAUUGACUCCAGAGAGCGGUGCUUAUGCUUCGGAGGCGAACGUAUAUGAGCAAGAUCAUGAACGAGCCUUUUGGGGAUCAAACUAUCCGCGCCUGUUAGAUGUGAAGCGCAAGUAUGACCCCGAAGGAGUAUUGGACUGUUGGCAUUGUGUUGGUUCCAAAGGCCCAGCUGAUGGACGAUUCUCCUGCAUGAUUUGA